UGUGUAUAAACAGUUACAACGAUACAGUUGUAUAAACGAUUUUAAUACCGGAAGACUUAAACAUAAACUUUCGUUCACACGAUAUUUAUAAUAUAUCAUGUGAAAAUCCAAUACAUUUAAUAAUUAUUAAUAAAAUCAAAUAAAAGGUUUUACGUGAUUUGGUCCAGAAAUUUCUGUAUGGUUGGUUAUUUUACAUUUGAAUGUAACAAGUUUGAGGUUAUGAAGAAAUGGUUUCUACUCGAGGGCCAAAAUUUAAAUUUUGUGACGGUGAAAAAGUCCUUUGUUAUGAACCUGAUCCUACGAAAGCAAAAGUAUUAUACGAUUCUAAGGUACUUGAUGUUAUAGUUAACAAAGAUCAAAGGGGACGUAAAGCUGUUGAGUAUCUGAUACAUUUCCAGGGUUGGAACUCUUCAUGGGAUCGUUGUGUGACAGAGGAAUAUGUAUUGAAAGACACAGAAGAAAAUCGCCAACUUCAACGAGAUUUAGCACAGAAAGCACAAUUGCAAUUAGGAGCAUAUCUGUAUCGAAGGGAACGCAAGAAAAGAAGUCAUAAAUUAUCCGAACGUUUAAAUGAAACUGAAAAUCAAGAACCAAGACGAAGGGCAAGAAGUGGUGGUAGCAGAGCAACAUCUGCAACAACUGGAUCAUCAGAAGAUGGCAGUUCAGGACAGCAUGCCGAUUAUGAUACCGAGGAAGUCAUUACUGAAGAAGAUACAGAAAGUAGUUCAGAUUAUGUUGGUGAAACAAGCGAUGAUGAAGACAGUGGUGGAGGUAGUCAAUCCGGUGCCAGUGUAAAACCAGGAAUUGAUCUUGAUAUAGGCACUACUUUAAGAAGGAUUUUGGACCAAGAUUACGACUUGAUAACUAAUAAAAAUAAGCUAGCUGUUCUCCCUGCACAACCUACUAUUGCAAAUAUUUUAGAAUCCUGGGUUCAACACUUUACGACAACACAAUUAACAAACAUUCCAGAAAAGCCACAAAGGAACAAAACGAAUAAUACAAUAGAAAAAACAAUUAACGAAAUAAACAUAUGCAGAGAAGUUGCUGAUGGAUUACGUAUAUAUUUCGAUUUUACAUUACACGAUCUCCUUUUAUAUAGACAAGAACAAGAACAAUAUUGUAAUUUAAAGUCUUCUUUCUUAUAUACUGAGCAUCCAACUCUUGUGAAAGAAGAACCAAUUGAAAACUCAGAAGUUUUAGUUAAAGAAGAAUACGAAGAUACCGAGUAUGCUCAUUUACCACCAUUUCAAGAACACGAUCAAGAAAUAGAUACGUCGAAAGUGGUAGCAAACUCUAAACGAAGAUUAAGAUCAUACAGAGUGAGUUCUAUCGAUGAAAAUAAACAAUUGAGGUCAUACGAAGAAAUUAAACAAGAUACAGGAAAUUUAUCGAGUAUUGCAAGUACAAGUUCUCGUUGUUCUAGCCCACGCGGUGUAACGUUACGAAUACCACCUGUUACAUCUGUGCAAGUCAAUGCUUUGCUUCAACAAUCGAACAAAUGGAGAUUAAUGCCUGAAUUUGCGAAACCCGAAGGUCCUCCAAAUCCUUCCACAUAUUAUGGUGCCAUUCACUUAACACGACUAUUUGUUAAGUUGCCAGACUUACUUCAAUUAACAGACAUACCACAUAAAAAGCUAAAGGUCCUACUGAAAUAUUUGGAUAUGUUUCUUAGCCAUUUAGAAAUGCACAGAGAAUGGUUUGGAGAACAAUUUUAUAUGCAAGUGGAAAGCCAAUUAAUGUCUCAAGCAAGUAAUUCUUAACAUAAUAGGAAUAAGCAGCAUACUUGCUUUAUAUUCGUUUACAAAUCGAUUGUGUAUACAUUAUGAACGUAUUACAUAAGAUGUAUAUCAAAGAUGUAUGUUUAUGAAUUUGGUAUAAGUGAUAAACUCUUUUGUAUUAAUUAACAAAAUGCUUUCUUAUAUGCCUUCCAUAAUGAAAUUUUAGCUUAUAAAUCCAUUUAUGUUAACAAUACAAACAACAGACCACAGUUAUGUGUAUGAAGUAAAAGACCUUGUAAAUUAGAUGUUGUGGUAAAAGUGUAAAUGAAAUUUUGAAACUUAUUAGGAUAAAAAGUAUAUAUUACAAAAGAUUAUAUUUAUAAUUUUUUUUUAAUAAAAUACUUUUGAUAAAAUA